AUGCAUGCCAGAAACCCCCAUUCUCCUUUUCAAAGACUACAUAUGAUGGAUUGCGAUCUUUCAGCUCAGCAGGACACAGGGACCAUGCAAGCUGUAAUUGGUCAGGAUCCAAUGAUAGCUGGACAAGUCAGUAAGCCCUUGCUGUCACUGCGGAGUGAAAUGAAUGCAGAGUUGAGAGGUGAGGACAAGGCAGCUACUUCAGACAACGAGCUGAAUGAGCCCCUGCUUGCGCCUGUGGAAUCAAAUGACAGCGAGGACACUCCCAGCAAGCUCUUCGAGGCCAGAGGAAACACAGUACUACCUGACACGAGCCCAGCAGACCAGCACCAACCCAGUCAGACCCAUCCUGCAUUCCCUGUUGGGCCUCAGCCAUUACUGACAGCCCAACAGUUAGCCUCAGCAGUAGCGGGGGUGAUGCCAGGAGGCACUCCAGCCCUGAAUCAGCCGAUCCUUAUUCCUUUCAACAUGGCUGGGCAGCUGGGUGGCCAACAAGGACUUGUCCUAACUCUACCUACAGCGAAUCUCACCAACAUCCAAGGGCUGGUAGCAGCAGCUGCAGCAGGAGGCAUCAUGACUUUGCCAUUGCAAAAUCUACAAGCUACCUCAUCCCUGAACUCCCAGCUUCAACAGCUUCAGCAUCUUCAGCAGCUCCAGCAUCAACAGCAGCAGCAGCAGCAGCAGCAAGGUCAGCAGCAGCAGCAGCAGCAGCAAAGCCAGCAGCAGCAAGGCCAGCAAGCACAGACUCCACAGCCACCCCAGCAGACCCAGCAGCCACAGCCACAGCCAUCAGCAGCACCGCAGCAGAACCAAACACAGUCUCAGAGCCAGAGCCAACCACCUCCGGCCCCACAGUCCUCGAGCUCCCCUCAGAAACCCAGCCAGUCACCAGGGCAUGGCCUUCCAUCUCCUCUUACUUCACCAAAUCCGUUGCAGCUGGUUAAUAAUCCACUAGCAAGUCAAGCAGCAGCGGCUGCAGCAGCGGCAGCCAUGGGCUCAAUAGCAAGCUCCCAGGCCUUUGGCAAUGCCCUCUCCAGUCUUCAGGGGGUUACAGGUCAACUCGUCACUAAUGCACAAGGACAGAUUAUUGGAACAAUCCCACUGAUGCCUAAUCCAGUCCCCUCCAGCCAGGCGGCAGGUGGAGCUCAGGGACUUCAGGUGCAGCCGAUAACUCCACAGUUAUUGACCAACGCCCAGGGUCAGAUCAUCGCUACUGUCAUCGGCAACCAGAUACUCCCAGUGAUCAAUACCCAGGGAAUAACACUAUCGCCGCUCAAACCAGGCCAGCAGCUCCAUCAGCCCUCCCAGACGCAAGUGGGACAAGCAGCCUCACAACCCAAUCUCCUGCAUUUGGCUCACAGUCAAGCAUCUAUGUCUCAAAGCCCAGUGCGUCAGGCUUCCUCUUCUUCCUCCUCAUCCUCCUCCUCUUCAGCUUUGAGUGUUGGCCAGUUAGUCAGCAAUCCUCAGACAGCCACUGGAGAGGUGGAUGGGGUGAAUCUAGAAGAAAUCCGAGAAUUUGCCAAAGCUUUUAAAAUCCGGCGCCUGUCCCUUGGCCUGACACAGACUCAAGUUGGCCAAGCCCUGAGCGCCACUGAAGGCCCAGCCUAUAGCCAGUCUGCCAUCUGCAGACACACCAUCCUGAGAAGCCACUUUUUCCUACCACAGGAAGCCCAAGAGAACACUAUAGCUAGCAGUCUGACAGCCAAACUGAACCCUGGCCUUUUGUAUCCUGCCAGGUUUGAAAAGCUGGACAUCACCCCUAAAAGUGCCCAGAAGAUAAAGCCGGUGCUUGAGCGGUGGAUGGCUGAGGCUGAGGCCCGCCAUCGAGCAGGUAUGCAGAACCUUACCGAGUUUAUCGGAAGCGAACCAUCCAAAAAGCGCAAGAGGCGUACCUCAUUCACGCCACAAGCCCUUGAGAUCUUGAAUGCCCACUUUGAGAAGAACACGCACCCCUCUGGGCAAGAAAUGACAGAGAUUGCAGAGAAACUGAACUAUGACCGGGAAGUAGUUAGAGUUUGGUUCUGCAAUAAGAGGCAAGCACUGAAGAACACAAUUAAGCGUUUGAAACAACAUGAGCCUGCGACGGCAGUUCCUAUGGAGCCUUUAACAGACUCUCUGGAAGAAAACUCCUAAAAACAAAACAAAACCACACACAAAAAAACCCCCGCACCAACAGAAACGUAACCUUUUGAACUCUGUGAAAAUACCUGUUCAUCACCCUUGUAAGUAAAAGACUGAGAAAACUACAAGAAGGACAGAACAGUUUAUAAAUGUCCGUGGGUUUUCCUAUUUAAAAAAACUAAAUGAAAAAAUACACAACACUUUGUGUGUGUGUCGUAGAAUUAGUUCCCCAAAAAAAAGAAAAAGCCAGUUUUUUUAAAUGGACUUAAAGUAAACCAAAUAACUGCUUACUUUUUUUUCUGUAUAUUAUGAAAAUGUGAACACAUUUUAAGGAAAAACAAAACAAAAAAAUAAAAAAAAACUUUUAUCUGUUUAAAAGAGAAUACAAGCCUGCCACCUGGAGGAGUGAUUGUAGCCUUUCAGGUAUCAAGUGCUGAUUCACUAUGAAAACUACUAACCAAAGUCAGAAACAUGGCAUUGCAAACUAGAUUGUUAGUCUACUCUUUUAUGAGUGUAAAAUUGUGUUACGAAUUUUUACAUUUGUAUUUUGCAAAGAGGAAAACAACAGGAUUAAUUUCUGUCAUCCUUGUUCACACCCCCGCAGGUGUGUACAAACAGGUGUUAAAGCCAUUCCAUAGUGGUCACCUCCUUUUCUUUCUUUUCCUUUCAGUCAACAGUUUUGCAAUCUCCAAGUGUUUGGGUGCCAAAAGUUUUUUUUUUGGUUUUUUUUGUGUGAUUUGUGGGGUUUGGUAUUUCUCUUCUAAGGGUGUAUGUCUUGGUUUGCGUUUCCCUUUUUUUUUUGUGUGGUGUUUUGUUUUGUUGGUUGGGUUUUUUUUUUGCUGCUUCCCCCCUUCCAGCUCAUUCUCCCCCCUGCCCCCCCUUCCCUAAACCCACAUAACCCAGUACUGUUUAAAGAUUUUUAAAAAGAAAAGUGAAAUCUGAACACACUUAUAUUGAUAUGCUGAAAUGCAGUAGAGGACAAAGAAGGAUUAGGAUUAUGUCUCAUGAACUGUCAGCCCACGCUGAACAUUGCGCUUAUUGUCAACUGUGUAGCUUGGGAUUUCUCUGUCCUUUGGCCAUGAACCUGGGGAGGUUACCAAAACUCAUUUUGUAGUACAAAUAUAAACUGCACACUUCGUUCAGUACUGCAUCUAUAUUAUGGUUCUGUUUGAAGCAAUUUCUCUCCAAAGUCUGCUAGCCAAAGAAAUUUCUUGAGAUUCUGAUGAAAACAAACAGACAGGCUGAGAAGUGAUGAGGAUGUUUUGAUCAUUACGUCACUGUGGACUGUUUCAAUGGUAGUGCUUUGUUCCUUCUGCCUUUUUUUAAUGCCAUCCCGAUAUUGAUGCUUGCCCUGUUGACCUCUUCAGUAGGAGGAUGUGUUUCUGCAGGUGUUUGCUGUGACCACUGGCUAGACUAAGCAAUGAGGAUAUAGGGAAACCCAUUGAAUAUCCUUUGGGAAUAGUAAGGUGGGUCACCUGCAAUAUGUUUCAGGUGAAUUGAUUUUUCUUUAAUGACAACUUAUCUCUGUGGCUUACUUUUUGAUUGGACAGGUAUCUUCUAAAAUACUGUGGGCACUGGACCUAGGGGUAUACCAAGGCUCAGAGGGAGAGAAAGGUGUUGCAGGUUCUUGAUGGGGUAUGGGCUGAC